GAGUGACUCGAUACUCGAGUGGAUGAGCUAACACUGAGUAGAGGAGAGGAACAAUGACGACAGCUCUUCUCCCUCCCUCUCUUUCUCUUUCCAAAUUCAGUAACCCUUCGUCUCCAAAUCUUCCAAUCCUUUUCAGAAACCAGACUAGACGCAAGCUUUAUCAGAAGAAGUGCCUAUUAGCAGAGAAAAUCCCAUUCGUUUCUUGUUCUUCUUCAAUACCCACUUCGGGAAAUGACUUUCGAAAAAGGGAUUUAGUACUGUUUGGCUUUUCUUCUACCGUAUUUAUGAUCUUUCCACCUUCAGUUCUGGUUGCUGCUGCUGAGCCGGAAGAAGAGUUAAAAAUGUCCUUACUAGUUGAUGAUAUAAAUGCUUAUUCUUUUCUGUACCCAUCGGAGUUGCCAUCAAAGAAGUUUGUCUUCAAAUGGGUGGAAUCCAGAAAACCAGAACGCUAUUCUUCAGCUGCCCCACUAUCUCCUGAUGCACGCCAACGUAUAGUGUCCGAGCGGGUCGACAUAAAAGAUAACCUCAUAAUUUCUGUUUCGAUAGGUCCUCCCAAUUCACAGUUCUUAAAAAUGAAGGAUAAGAAGACAUGGAGCGCAAAAGAUGUUGCUGAUUCUGUUUUAGCUGAUAAGUCUGCUUUGCGUGUCACUUCCAGUCAGCGUCUGGCUGAGAGCUCUGUUCUUGAUACACAUUCUAGUGAAAUUGACGGUGAGCCCUAUUGGUACUACGAAUAUCUAGUUCGCAAGUCACCCACAAAAUCUGCUCAAGAAUCAAAUAUUUAUCGACACCAUGUAGGUUCUACUGCUGAACGAGAUGGUUACUUGUACUCAUUGAAUGCUUCUACUCUUACCAAGCAGUGGAACUUUAUGGGACCCUUCCUAGAAAAAACGGUGGCUUCUUUUCGACUUCUUCCUCCCACAGAGAGCUAUGUACCUCCAUAUAAAGAUCCAUGGAGGUUUUGGUGACAAAUAGUUUCAGGAUUCUUGUUCAAUUUCACUUAUUUUUUUCUUUGCAUUAUAUAAAAUUCAGAUUUCUUGACUGGAAUCACUUCCAUUUCUGGUGAAAUUAUUUUUCCAUUCCUUGGGAGCAACAAGACUGUAUUCAUUGUUGUAUCAGCGGCUUCUUACUUAGCUUAGCAUGCAAGAGAUGGUCAUAGGUCAUUUUCAGUCAAUCAGGAUUAGUUACAUAACUUGAGAAGAAUUUUGCAUUGAUUGAAUACACUGCUCCCCUCUCAUCUUUUUCA